UCCGAUUUUGGAAAGUCCAGGUGAGAGCUUGUCCAUGGACUUCAUGGAUACGCUGGUCACCAACAAGAGUGGAAUGCGGUAUGUCUACGUCAUCGUGGAUAGAUUUAGUAAGUAUGCUAGGUUAGUGGCUAUGCCUGAAACAGCGAAGACAAAGUACUUGAUCCGACUGUUCAAGGAGAACUGGGUCAGAGACUUUGGCCUGCCAAAGUCCAUUGUCAGUGACAGGGAUGUCCGUUUCACUAGUGACCUGUGGAAGACUGCUGCUGCUGAGCAAGGCACACAGCUGCAGAUGACCUCCAGGAAUCAUCCCGAGGCCAACGGACAGGCUGAGCAAAUGAACCGUGCUGUACAGCACCUGUUGAGGCAUUACAUCAACCCCCACCAGGUGGACUGGGAUGAGAAGCUUGCUCUCGUCACCAGUCUGUACAACAAUGCAAUUCACAGCGCAACAGGUGUCGGUCCCAACAGUCUUCUACUAACCUUCAAGCCUAGACUUCCCCUAGACUUCCUACUGCCCGAGAAUCAGUCAACUGCUGCACCAGGCACACUGGAAUUCGCCUACGGGUAUGAGAAGCACAUGCAGCAGGCUGUAGACAACAUGCACAAGGCACAGGCGGCGAUGAUAGAAUCUGAGAACAAACACCGCUGCCCGUCUAAUUUUCAGGUAGGCGAGAGAGACUGGGUAAAGGCUUCUGAGCUGGGGCAGGAGUACAGGAUCUCCCGCAAACUCAUGCCACAGUACUUUGGGGCUUGGGAGAUUCUGGAUAUUGUCGGAACUGAUCCCGAUGGUCCUUCGUAUGUGGUGAGAAUCCCUGGUCACCUCCGCACUUACCCUGUUUUUCAUGCCUCCAAGCUUGCACCUUUCAAGGAAACUGAUCAGUUUCCUCCGCACAGAUCAAUGCUGCCCCCAACCAUGGAUGGAGAGGUCGACAUCGACGACAUCGUGGACCACAGAGAGAUGCCAGUACAGAGACCAACAGGCAUGGGACGUCCUCCGAAGCCGAAGCUGCAAUACAGAGUUUGGUUCAGACAUCACGCAGAUCCAAAGGAGGACAGAUGGUUCACGAGGGAAGAGUUGAUGCAGACUGCGCCGCAGGUGGUAUCUCAAUAUGAGAAGUCCUUGCAGAAAGGAAAGCGCCAGAUUGAGUGAGACUUCUGAGAGGACUAUCGAAGUAUGGAGGAGGGAAUGCGAGGCCACAGCCCCUCAGCUGUCAGAUCG